CGAAUCUGCGGAUGUCCCUCAUCACGACAUUAGACCCAACGAACGGUCUCAAUUCGGUUUUGAAGGCAGCAGUCUGUCUGUCACUGCGUUCACUCAUCUGAUACUGCAUUGUGCAGACGGUAAUUAUCACAAUGGCGACAGUAACUGGAAAGAGGGGACCAUCAGUCUUGGUUACAGACUCCCGCGAACGACCACCAGUAGCUCGAUCAUUGACUUCGAGACCUUCCGCCAAUGGACAAAACAACGUUCAGAGAAAAGCCCCAACACGAUUCAUAUCGGUUGAUAAUGUACUCCAAUAUGCAUCCGAGAUACCCUCAGGCCAAGCAAGAGGUCCACCCGGUCGAAGGCCUGUUCCUGCUGCUCAAAGACGACCGCAGGCUGCUGCUCCUGGCGUAGGUACACGCAUAGCCCAGCAGAACGUCCCCGGUCGGAGUACAAAGGUCGUGGAGAAAUUGGUCUUGAUUCCGGAGACGGAAAACGAGAAGGAGGAAUCCGACGAUGAGUCCAGUGAGUUCGGUGGCAAGAUGAGACCUGAUGGAGAGGAAGGACCACUGAAGGACGCCGAGAUGGAUGUGCUGAAGAAGAGGGGUGGUGUACGCGGGAAAAGUUAUGCGGAACGAUUACCCAAGGCAAAAAGAGCCGAAAAGCUUGCAAGAGUCACGGCAUAUUGCACAGCGCAGAAUUAUAAACCAAAGGCUAUGGCUACGUUUGUAAAGGAGAAGCAUGGAGCGAAGACGAAGUUAUACGACGAUUGCCUCUACACAGUCUACCAUCUACCAUUAUUACCUGGGCAUGAAGGGUUUAGAAUCAGGAGUAGUCCUAUUCUCAAGAGUCCAGGCGGCAAGGCCGUACUCGACGAAGAAAUAGAAAGGAGCGAGCAGAGAGAUUACCACGAGGGAUAUUUCGAAGAUACCGAUACAUAUGGAGUGAGGGGUGGCGAGGAAAGUCCGCGAGACGAGAGCGACGAAAUGAAAAAGAGGAGGGAAGAAGAUGACAGGAAUGCUAGAGAGCAGGUGAGGGUACUGGCUCAAGGUAAACGUGGUGACAGUCCGAACCGAAUUGCCCCGGAUGCUACAACGUUCGGUGAGAUGUUCGUGUUCUCAUACGGAGUCGUGGUAUUCUGGAAUUUUACGGAACGUCAAGAAAAGGAUAUUCUGGCCGACUUGACCUUUUCGGAGCACGAAACCGGUGUUUCUCUUGUGAUACGCCCAAUAGAGGAAGACGAAUAUGAGACGGAGGAGCUGCAUUUCGAGUACAGUCCGCUUGUCGAGCGACCCAGAGUGUUCAACGAUAUGAUCACACUGAGAAGUGGAGAUCAUAUGAUCAAGCUUACCAUGAGCCAUGCAAUUGCCCAGAGCACGAAACUGAGCUUUUUCGAAGAGAAGAUGAAUCAGACGAUGGCGGAUGCCGAGCAUGUCCCCAGACAUCUGGCUCUUACGGGUCAGCUCGGCAUGUCUCGAACAGAGAUUGUAAAAAUUCUUGGACGAUUGUUCCAGAGUCGAGUCGAUGUCAAUUUAUCAUCGAAUAUCCUUGACGUCCCAAAUUUCUUCUGGAACUCUGAACCUACACUUCAUCCUCUGUACAUCGCCCUCAGAGAGUAUAUGGAAAUCGCACCUCGUAUCAAAGUCCUGAAUGAGCGUUGUCGUGUGUUCCUCGAGCUCGCCGAAAUUCUCAGUGACAGUAUAGCCGACACCAAGAUGACCGCCAUCACGUGGAUCAUUAUCGUGCUUAUCAUAAUCAGUAUCGCAGUUACGGUCACCGAAGUCGGUUUGCGUUUCGGUAUACUGUCAAAAGGAAAAGAAGACAGAGAUAGGGUGACAAAUCCUUUGGGGACAAAUUGGACGAGCAUGCAUUUCACCGAACCACAGCUACAAGCUAUCUGCGGCGCACAAUAUGUGGGGAAGACUUUCAAGGAGUUGUAAAAUGUAUAGCCGAUUGCUUGUUUGCUUUGCAUAGCUUGGUGUUCGGCGUUGCAUUGGCAAAUUGAACUUGGGAUCAAAAGAGCAUAGCGAUCAUUUGGAUAUUUCCUCCGAUGUUAAUAGGAUGUGUUGUACUCUGCCUUCAGCGGUAUGCGGUAUGACCGCUGUGAGCUUUUCGGAUUAUUAUAUAUGUGAUUCUUAAGCCUUGACCAAAACGGGGAAUCUGUAGAUGUCUCUAGUCAUGGCGUAGUCUUCCUAGUGUAUAAUUCCAAACGAUGGUAGUAAUAGACUUGAUUUCUUCAA